CAGAGCAGAAGCGGUCCUCGCAGCACCCAGCCUCUUCCUGGGCUCCCGCUUCUUCUUUGCCUCUGGGCCUUGGCCCAGGAGCCACGACGGGCGACACGGAGCCGCCAGUGCUGGAGGGGGAGCCGUGGGUGCGGGGCAGCGUGGGGGCUGAGGCCCCGGGACGCCCGCCCGGCCCCAGGCCCCGCUCCGCCCGGGCGCCCCCACGGGUGCCCCCCCCUUCCUGGUCCGAGCAGUGUGAGUGUGCCCGGGAGCCCGGCGGCGGCGGCGGCAGCAGCGGCGGCGGCGGCGGCAGCGUGGAAACCGGCGUGGGCUGGGGGGUCCGAGCCGCGGGGGGCAGUGCCAUGCACAAGCACCAGCACUGCUGUAAGUGCCCUGAAUGCUAUGAGGUGACUCGCCUGGCCGCCCUGCGGCGCCUCGAGCCUCCAGGCUAUGGGGACUGGCAAGUGCCUGACCCCUACGGGCCAAGUGGGGGCAAUGGGGCCAGCACGGGUUAUGGGGGCUACAGCUCGCAGACCUUGCCCUCGCAGGCGGGGGCCACCCCCACCCCUCGCACCAAGGCCAAGCUCAUCCCCACGGGCCGGGAUGUGGGGCCAGUGCCCCCUAAGCCAGUCCCAGGCAAGAGCACCCCCAAACUCAACGGCAGCGGCUCCAGCUGGUGGCCUGAGUGCACCUGUGCCAACCGGGACUGGUAUGAGCAGGUGAACGGCAGCGAUGGAAUGUUCAAAUAUGAGGAGAUAGUACUUGAGCGGGGCAACUCUGGCCUAGGCUUCAGUAUUGCAGGUGGCAUCGACAAUCCCCAUGUCCCUGAUGACCCUGGCAUCUUUAUUACCAAGAUCAUCCCUGGUGGAGCAGCUGCCAUGGAUGGGAGGCUGGGGGUGAAUGACUGUGUGCUACGGGUGAAUGAGGUGGACGUGUCGGAGGUGGUGCACAGCCGGGCAGUGGAGGCGCUGAAGGAGGCGGGCCCUGUGGUGCGGUUGGUGGUGCGGAGGCGACAGCCUCCACCCGAGACUAUCAUGGAGGUCAAUCUGCUCAAAGGACCCAAAGGCCUGGGUUUCAGCAUUGCUGGGGGCAUUGGCAACCAGCACAUCCCAGGAGACAACAGCAUCUAUAUCACCAAGAUCAUCGAGGGGGGUGCUGCUCAGAAGGAUGGACGCCUACAGAUUGGGGACCGGCUGCUGGCGGUGAACAACACCAAUCUGCAGGAUGUGAGGCAUGAGGAAGCUGUGGCUUCGCUGAAGAACACAUCUGAUAUGGUCUAUCUGAAGGUGGCCAAGCCAGGCAGCCUCCACCUCAACGACAUGUAUGCUCCCCCUGACUACGCCAGCACUUUUACUGCCUUGGCUGAAAACCACAUAAGCCAUAACUCCAGCCUGGGUUAUAUCGGGGCUGUGGAGAGCAAGGUCAGCUACCCUGCUCCUCCUCAGGUUCCCCCCACCCGCUACUCUCCUAUCCCCAGGCACAUGAUGGCUGAGGAGGACUUUACCAGAGAGCCCCGAAAGAUCAUCCUGCACAAAGGAUCCACAGGCCUGGGCUUCAACAUCGUAGGAGGAGAGGAUGGAGAAGGCAUUUUUGUCUCCUUCAUCCUGGCAGGAGGCCCAGCUGACCUGAGUGGGGAGCUGCGCAGGGGAGACCGGAUCUUAUCGGUGAAUGGAGUGAACCUGAGGAAUGCAACUCAUGAGCAGGCUGCAGCUGCUUUGAAACGGGCUGGCCAGUCAGUCACCAUUGUGGCCCAGUACAGACCUGAAGAGUACAGUCGCUUUGAAUCGAAGAUACAUGACUUACGAGAACAAAUGAUGAACAGCAGCAUGAGCUCUGGGUCUGGGUCCCUCCGAACCAGUGAGAAGAGGUCCUUGUAUGUCAGGGCCCUGUUUGAUUACGAUCGGACUCGGGACAGCUGCCUGCCAAGCCAGGGGCUCAGCUUCUCUUAUGGUGAUAUUCUGCAUGUCAUUAAUGCCUCCGAUGAUGAGUGGUGGCAGGCAAGGCUGGUGACCCCACAUGGAGAAAGUGAGCAGAUUGGUGUGAUCCCCAGUAAGAAGAGGGUGGAAAAGAAAGAAAGAGCUCGAUUGAAAACUGUGAAGUUCCAUGCCAGGACGGGGAUGAUUGAGUCUAACAGGGACUUCCCGGGGUUAAGUGACGAUUAUUAUGGAGCAAAGAACCUGAAAGGACAAGAGGAUGCUAUCUUGUCAUAUGAGCCAGUGACACGGCAAGAAAUUCACUAUGCAAGGCCUGUGAUCAUCCUGGGCCCAAUGAAGGACCGAGUCAACGAUGACCUGAUCUCUGAGUUCCCGCAUAAAUUUGGAUCCUGUGUGCCACAUACUACCCGGCCUCGGCGUGACAAUGAGGUAGAUGGACAAGACUACCACUUUGUGGUGUCCCGAGAACAAAUGGAGAAGGAUAUUCAGGACAACAAGUUCAUUGAGGCGGGCCAAUUCAAUGAUAAUCUCUAUGGGACCAGCAUCCAGUCAGUGCGGGCAGUUGCAGAGAGGGGCAAGCACUGCAUCUUAGAUGUUUCUGGCAAUGCUAUCAAGAGACUGCAGCAAUCGCAACUUUACCCUAUUGCCGUUUUCAUCAAGCCCAAGUCCAUUGAAGCCCUUAUGGAAAUGAACCGACGACAGACAUAUGAACAAGCGAAUAAGCUCUAUGACAAAGCCAUGAAACUGGAGCAGGAGUUUGGAGAAUACUUUACAGCCAUUGUACAGGGUGACUCACUGGAAGAGAUUUAUAACAAAAUCAAACAAAUCAUUGAAGACCAGUCUGGGCACUACAUUUGGGUCCCAUCCCCUGAAAAACUCUGAAGAAUCCCCUCCAACCAUUCUCUUGUGAACAGAAGAAAUCAAGUCCCUCUUCCCUCCUCCCUCUUCAUUCCUGUCCCCAUGGGGAGAACAAAUGCUACUGUUCUUGUCCCCCUUUUUAGAUAUGUCAAAAAAAAUUGAGUUUUCUAGUCCUGUUCUUUUUUUUUUUAAGUUUUGUUUUGUUUUAGUUUAUUUUUUGGGAUGAUGCCAUCUCACUCAUCAUGUGACUGUGCCCAUUCCUGCAUGGACCUUUCCCAAGCACUAGCACAGGUGCAAAUCCAUCAGAGCCAUUGUUUUCAUAAAAACCAAGCAGAAGCGAAGAGAAGAGAGGAGGACUGAUGGAAAGACAGACUCUGGACAGCUGCACAGCUUGUGAAGUGAGCUAAAUGCACCACAUGAUGAGAUGCUCCUGGGCAUUUCUACCUGUCUGUACCGCUGUCUUGCAGCUCUGAACGGUGCAACGUAAUGGCAACAGAAAGUAUCUUAUUUAUAUAUAGAUAUAUAUAUGUAAUUUAUAUAAAAUAUAUAGAAAUUAUUAUAUAUAUAUAUUAUACACUCUCAUAUAAUAUAUAUAUAUAUUCACACACAUUUGGACUUAGAAAAUCUAUGGAGACUUCAUCAAUGGUACUAUGUUAUUAGAGAAAUGCUUUAAUUUUCAUAUUCCAAUCAGAUGGCAUCUUCUAUUCCAGCUGGUUGGGAAGGGAUUGAAAAUGGUAGUAAGUGCUGCACUAAGGGCACUCGCAUUUGGUCAUUCUCUUGAGAGCUAAGGUUUUCUCUAGGAGGGGUCAGCCUGAGGCCUGAGAGAAGGGGCUUUUGCCUGGGGCAAGAGGGUUGGAGACUACCUGAAAGCAUCUGCUGCUCUGAGGUGCAGUCAGUCCUGUGUGUGGAAAGAGAAAGAAUGGCUAAUGAUGCUCCACGUGAAAUUGCCUAUUGUUUUAUGCCACCUGAUGUGUCUGCAUGAGAGGUUUCCUUUUUGUUCAUUUUUAAGCUGCUGUUAAACCAAAACCAUGUUGUGCUACUGUGUCAGCCUUUUCAUUAUUGCAAAUUUUACUUUUACUAUUUAAGUGAAUGCGUAGAAUCCAAUUUGCCAAUGUUCUAAAGGCUUCUGUGGUCCUGAAAGAGCCAGGCCUUAUGACAUAGUAGGUGAUCCAGGUCUGGCCGUCCCGUCAGCAGAAGGGAGAUCAGGGGCUGGUGAGGGCUGAAAGGAGGAGCCCAGGCUCUGCACUGCCAUGCUGUCCCUUCAUUCACCUGCCAAGGACAUGUUGGGCUCUGCUGAGGUUCCUUCCCAGGGCCCACCAACAGGGACAGGGAGUCACUUGCCUUCCUGUUCUAUGCUGGGACAGCAGAACAGCAUUUGGCUUGACCAGCCAUGUCAUGAGUUUGAUUUGGGUUUUUUUUUUUUUGCAGCUGCUUCAUAUGCCCUGCCCCAGCUCCCUCCCCAACAGCUGGUAGCUUACUGUUUCUUCAAGAAGAAAGUAGACUUUAAUGCUGUACAUUUGAGCUGUAGAGCUAAAAUUCACUUACUGCUGAGCUGUGAAACCUUGUUGCUUUUUCCCAGAGUCUGAUGGCAGUGAUUGUGGUCAAGGGAGUUUUUGCCCGCCACAAGUGCAGGCAGCAGGUGUGGUUCAGGCCCUCUCCCAUCCCACUGUGCUCCUUUGAAGCCAAUGUGCCUCCCUCACCUCCAUGCUGGAGGGAUGACGCAGGGGAGAACAUCGAAAUGCUUGACCCUAGGGUUGAGGCACUUGCUUCCUAGCCCACUGGGUUAGGGCCAGUGCAAACGUUGCAAUGUUGAAGAUGCUUUAAGCACUACCAGCCAAAUUUGAGAAAUCUCUUAACAGUUAUCCUACCAGCAUAAUGAGGCUAACUGUAAAAUCUGGGGCCCAGAAUGAGGAUAAAGAAAGGGCGGCAGCUUUCCCUGGGCAGUACACUGGGUUGAAGGCAAAGAGGGAUAAAGUGAUGGCCAAUUGUGACUCUGGUGAGGAGGGGGUGAGCAGGGAGUAUUGAUUCUCUGAUGUUAACUAAGUGGUGAUGUCUGAACCAUGCUCAACCCUUUCCCCCUCCCAGGGAAGAAAAGCAAAGAUUCAAAGUAAGCAUGGCACUAGUUGGUUUACCAGUGUUCCUUCCAAGGAGACAUAUAUUUUUUAAUAAACGAUAGUUGCAAUGAA